AUGGAGGCCCGAAAGAUUGUCGAGAGUGUUCAGGGUAUCUACGGCGGCCAGACUACCCAUGGCACUUUGCGACUGACCGACUUCCAUUUGGUGUUCUGCGCACCCGUUGAUCAGUCCGGAAAUCCGCCAGAUCCUUCGCAGAAACCAAAAGUUCGAGAAAGAUGGAUUCCGUUCCCGAUGCUAUGCCACUGCGUAUUCCGACCAGUCCCGCCUGGGUCACGUCAAGCUCCGUCGAUUCGAUUACGAUGCCGUGACUUCACGUUCGUUACGUUCAACUUCACUGACAGUGAAAUCGCCCGCGACGCAUUCGAUUUCAUCAAAUCUCGGACCUGCAAGCUUGGAACAGUCGAAAAGCUUUACGCAUUCAAUCACAAGCCGCUGAAGCACGAGCGAGAAGUUGGAGGCUGGUCAUUCUACGAUCCAAAAGCAGAAUUUAGGCGACAGGGAAUUAGUGAGAAGCUGCCUGACAGAGGCUGGAGGAUCACGCACAUUAAUAAGGACUACACCUUUUGCGACACAUAUCCUGCAUUCUUGGUCGUUCCAACCAAAAUUUCAGACAACGUUCUUAAAUAUGCAAAGGAUUUCCGCUCGAGAAACCGUGUCCCAGCGCUGUCGUACAUUCAUCCUAUCAACAACUGCACCAUCACUCGAAGCUCCCAACCUCUCUCUGGAAUAACACGAAAAACGAAUGUACAAGACGAAAAACUAGUAGCAGCAUCUUUCAACGCUCUCUUUCCGCCUGGGUCCGAAGACACCACUCCCUUGUCGAGUCAAGCCGACGUGUCUCUUGUGAGCUCAACAACAGAGCCAGAACUCUCCGAGACAGAACGGUACGAAGAUGAACUGAUUUCCAAAUCUUCUGCAGUGUACGAUGCCUCUGGUAAGCGUCAGGUAUAUGGUGCCCAGCAGAGUAAUUUGAUUGUGGACGCGCGUCCAACUAUAAACGCCAUGGUGAAUCAAGUUCAGGGGAUGGGCUCGGAAAAUAUGGACAAGUACAAGUUUGCGCGAAAGAUAUUCCUUAGUAUUGAGAAUAUUCACGUCAUGCGAAGCUCUCUCAACAAGGUCGUCGACGCUCUCAAAGACGCUGAUAUUUCGCCUCUGCCACCAAACCGAGAGCUGCUCCACCAAAGCGGUUGGCUACGACAUAUUCACAAUGUUCUGGAUGGAUCGGCCAUUAUUGCUAGGCAGAUUGGCAUCAACCACUCCCACGUUCUCAUACACUGUUCUGAUGGAUGGGAUCGCACAAGUCAGCUCAGUGCAUUGGCUCAAAUUAUGCUGGACCCUUACUACCGUACCAUAGAUGGAUUCAUUGUUCUCAUUGAGAAGGAUUGGCUCUCUUUUGGGCACAUGUUCAGACUACGUUCUGGGCAUCUGAACCACGAAGACUGGUUUAAUGUGCAAAAGGAUGCUUUUGCAGGUUCAAAAGUGCAGCCCGGAGAGAACGAUGGCCGAAACGAUGCUUUCCAGAAUGUUCUGAGUGGCGCAAAGCGCUUCUUCAAUCAAAACAAAGACGAUCCAGACCUAGCUACAGUUGUCGAAACAGCCCCCGGAAAGGUUGUUGACGACGAGGCAACAUCUCCGAAAAUGAUCAGCCCUGUUUUCCACCAGUUUCUCGACUGCACUUAUCAGCUUCUGCGCCAAAACAACAAUCGUUUUCAAUUCAACGAAAGGUUUCUGCGCCGUCUUCUAUAUCACUUGUAUUCUUGCCAAUACGGUACUUUCCUUUUCAACUCCGAGAAGCAAAGAAUGGACGCCAGAGCUACAGAGCGCACGUCAUCAGUUUGGGACUACUUCCUCUGUCGACGGGCCGAAUUUACAAACCCGGAUUUCGAUGCCAGUAUCGACGACCAUGUAAAGGGGCAGGAGCGAAUUCUUCUACCGCGGCUUAAAGAGAUUAGAUGGUGGCACCAGGCAUUUGGAAGGACUGAGGAUGAGAUGAAUGGCGGUCUCAAUGCUGCAGCGGCAGCCGAGUCAGAUCGCCAAACCGCCAUAUCGAAUCUUCAGUAUCCCAGUGUCAUCCAAGCCGAUGCUGAUCCUAGAUCGUCAACCUCAAGUUCCAAAUCAGGACCUCCAUCAGUUCUCGCUGGAGUUGAGACAGCACACGAGACACUGACGCCAGAGACACGGCAUGCGCCGAUCGAACGAAGCGCAUCUGCUGAGCCUAACGGCACCACGUUUGCCGCUAUCCGGGAUGGCAUCGCAGGCCUCAACCUAGGCAAAGGGAUGCUUGGGCAACUUACUAGCACUGGCGAGUCUGCCUCGUCUUCAAAUCCUGCUCCUGCACCCACCCGUAGCGAUCAGGAGCUAAGUGAGAUGGCAUAG